AUGAGACACGCCUUUUUCGCCGGCCUUUUGGCCGCUCCCGCCUCCGUGUGCGCCGUCGCCCUCACAGGCUACGAGUACAUCGUCGUCGGCUCCGGCGCCGGAGGAGGUCCUCUGGCUGCUCGCCUUGCAUUGGCUGGUCACAAGACCCUCCUUAUCGAGGCUGGUGACGACUAUGCCUCGCUCAACUACACUGUUCCUGCAUACUCUGCCAACGCGUCUGAGGAUCCUGAGAUCUCGUGGAACUUCUUUGUUCGUCACUAUGCUGAUGAUGAGCGACAAGCGCGUGAUUACAAGACUACGUAUGAUACUCCUAACGGAGAGUACACUGGUCUUAACCCCCCCAAGGGCGCUAAGAUGAAGGGUACUCUGUAUCCCCGCACUCAAGCUCUUGGUGGUUGCACAGCUCAUAACGCUUUGAUCGCUUCUGACUUUGAGUACAUUGCCUCUCUGACCGGUGACGAUUCCUGGUCAGCGGAUAACAUGCGCAAGUACUUUGUCAAGGCUGAGGACAACAACUACCGUCCUGCUGGCGAGGCUGGCCACGGUUAUGAUGGCUGGCUCAGCACUGAGACUGCUCCUCUUAGCAUUCCCCUCAACGACGAGCAGCUCUUCAGCAUUCUUGGUGGAGGUGCCGUUGCUCUGACUGAGAUGAGUGGCAAGAACAUCACCCUGGAUGGUCUGCUCGCCGACGAUGCCAACGCCGAUACUCUGGCUCGUGACCAGGAAGCUGGCUUCUACCAGAUCCCUCUGUCAACCAAGGAUGCUAGCCGUAUUGGACCCCGUGAGUUCAUCCUCUCUGUCCGCGAUGCCAAGUACCCCAACGGUACAAAGAAGUAUCCUCUCGAUGUCCGAACCAACUGCUACGUCACCAAGGUCACUUUCGAUGACUCCAAGCCCCCUCGUGCCAAUGGUGUUGAGUUCCUCGACGGCAAGCAUCUCUACAAGGCUAGUCCUCUUGCCACCGGUGCUGCCGGCACUCCCGGUAACGCUACUGCUUCUCGUGAGGUUGUUGUUGCCGGCGGUGUUUACAACACUCCUCAGAUCCUCAAGCUUAGCGGUAUCGGACCUGCUGAUGAGCUGAAGAAGUUUGACAUCCCCGUCAUCUCCGACCUUCCCGGUGUCGGUACCAACCUGCAGGACCACUACGAGAUUUCUGUCCAGGGAACUAUCGAGAACAACUUCACUUCCUUCGACGGCUGUACUUUCGGUCUCUACACUGAUGAGGACCCCUGUGUCGACCGCUGGAAAGCUCCCGUUAAUGGCGAUCACGGCAUCUACUCCUCUUCCGGUCUUGCUGCCUCUAUGUUCUACAAGAGCUCCACUGCUGAGAAGGACAACUUUGACAUUUUCGCUUUCGGUGGUCCCGUCAACUUCAGAGGAUAUUUCCCUCAGUAUGCUGUCAACGCUACCAUUGAGCACAACUGGUUCUCCUGGGCUAUCCUCAAGGCUCACCCCCGCAACAACGCCGGUGAAGUCCUCCUCCAGUCGGCUGAUCCUCUUGACAUGCCUGCCAUCACCUUCAACUACUUCGACACUGGCAACGGCGACUACUCUGCUGAUCUCCAGGCCCUGUAUGAGGCCGUCGAGCUUACCCGCAGCGCAUUCGCCAACCAGGCUGUCAACGUCACCGAGGUUCUUCCCGGUACUGGUGUUACUUCUCAGAAGGACAUUGAGUCUUAUGUCAAGGAUGUUGCCUGGGGACACCACGCUUCGUCGACUUGCCCCAUUGGCGCUGACGAUGACAAGAUGGCGGUUCUGGACUCCAAGUUCCGAGUUCGUGGUGUCGCUGGUCUUCGUGUUGUUGAUGCAUCAGUUUAUCCUCGUAUCCCUGGUACCUUUACUGCUGUGUCGACUUACAUGGUUGCUGAGAAGGCUGCUGAUAUCAUGCUGGCUGAGCUUGAGGAAUAG